UGUAGUCACGAAAGGCAGGUGAAAGGAAUGAUGCAAAUGAUUUAUUUUUUUUUUUCUCGGAAGGAAAUACCUUUCUUUGUUGAAGAAUUGGCAGGUCUUUGAUUGGCCAUGAAUUUUCUUCUGAGGAUCGGAGCAGGAUAUAUAGUCUGAACAGACACCUAAGAAGGCAGAAGACAUUAAGCAGAAAACAUCAAAGUGGAAAAAAGACAAGAUGUCCACACAAAGACAGACGUACCUAGAGAAAGCAUUCUCCUUUACAGUGACAGUGCUACUUCUGCUGGCCACAACUGGAUUUUCUGAGGUAUUGGAUGAGAGCACUAUGACCACUGAAUCACCCCUUCCUCAAAAUUCAUCUACAACAGAGCAGGUCGUAAAGAGGAGCUUGGGCCACUCUACUGUCAUGCAUUUAGUUAGGCCUUGUGGAGAAAAAAAUGCCAAUUUUUGUUUAAAUGGGGGGAAAUGCAUCCACCCCCAAGACAGCAACAGUCCUCAUUGCAACUGCGCACCUCUAUACUAUGGCCUACGAUGUGAGAAGAUUAAACUUUCGCCUUCAGUUAAAGAUCCUGAUAUUGAGAAGAAGAUUGCCAUCAUCUUUGGGCUGAUCGUAGUCUUCAUUGUUUUGGCUCUUGCCAUCUUCUGUUUUGUAAAGAGAAGAUGUGAACAUUCAGCCCCUCUGAUUAAAGCUGCAGCGUCAGAGACUUCGGUGUGAAAUCAUCGACCCUCAUCACCAUAUUCCUACAGAACUUGAACUAGAUUUUAUUUAAUAAUAUAAAACCACCAUUCACGUUUAGAAUAUUUUGUUUUUGCUUGAUGCAGACUGAAUUUAAAAUAACAUGUGUCAAAGUGAAUUUUAAAUUCUGUUCUAACUAUUUUAAGGAAAUUACCAUUUCUGUAAUAGUAUUUUCUUUCAUAGACCUGUUGGAAAACUCCUUUAUUUAUAAUAAUUCUAUUUUCAUUAAGUUAUUUU